CUUACCAUUGCGUUCAGAGCUUUUUUCACUUUCUCUCAAACAAUGUCUCUCCCGAUAAUACAAGGGAAAACACUCUCUGAUGCCUGGAACUAUAGGGGAAAACCCGCCGACCGCUCCAACUCCGGUGGCUGGACCAGUGCUGCCAUGAUUCUAGGUACUGAAGCAUGUGAGAGGCUAACCACGUUAGGUAUCGCUGUUAAUUUGGUGACGUAUUUGACUGAGACCAUGCAUUUGGGCAGUGCUACCUCAGCCACCACCGUCACCAACUUCCUAGGCACCUCCUUUUUGCUCUGUCUGCUCGGUGGUUUCGUAGCAGACACUUUUCUUGGCAGAUAUCUAACCAUCGGAAUCUUCGCCACCGUUCAGGCAACCGGCGUCACCAUCUUGACAAUCUCAACAAUAGUCCCAAGUCUAAGGCCUCCAAAAUGCAACAGGGACGGUUCAACAGCUUGCACCCCAGCUAGCGGCAUGCAACUCAUUAUUCUCUACUUAGCACUGUACAUGACUGCCCUUGGCACCGGGGGACUCAAGUCCAGUGUCUCAGGGUUCGGGUCAGAUCAAUUCGACGAUUCGGACCCCGAAGAAAAAUCCCGGAUGACAAACUUCUUCAACUGGUUCUUCUUCUUCAUAAACAUAGGCUCGCUCUGUUCAGUCACCAUCCUGGUGUACAUCCAGGACAACUUAGGGCGUGAAUGGGGGUACGGUAUCUGUGCAUGUGCUAUCGUGAUAGGGUUGGUGGUAUUUCUAUCGGGGACAAGGCGGUACCGUUUCAAGAAAUUGGUGGGCAGCCCACUAACCCAAAUCGCCGCCGUGUUUGUCGCUGCCUGGAAGAAGAGACAUUUGGAGUUGCCAUCUGAUGCGUCGCUGCUUUUCGAAAUUGAUGAUGCAGCUGAGGGACUGAAGAAGAAGAAGAAGAAGAAGAAGAAGAAGCAAAAGUUGCCCCACAGCAAAGAGUACCGUUUUUUGGACAGGGCAGCGGUCAAGGAUCCAUCUGUUGCCGAGGCAAACAAGUGGAACUUAGCUACCUUAACAGAUGUUGAAGAAGUGAAAUUGGUGAUAAGAAUGUUACCCAUUUGGGCAACCACCAUAAUGUUUUGGUCCGUCCAUGCCCAAAUGACAACCUUUUCAGUGUCUCAAGCCAAUACCAUGGACCGUCACAUGGGCAAAUUCCAAAUCCCACCUGCAUCACUCUGGGUUUUCUUCAUCGGUAGCAUUCUCUUGACAGUCCCAAUCUACGACAGAAUCAUUGCUCCAAUUACCAGAAAGUUUCUUAAGAACCCACAAGGUUUAACCCCUUUGCAAAGGAUUGGUGUUGGUUUAGUUUUGUCCAUUAUUGCAAUGAUAGCCGCUGCACUUACCGAGAUAAAGCGGUUGAAAGUCGCAAGCUCACAUGGUCUUACGAACAACCCAUCGGCUCAAAUCCCGAUGACGGUCUUCUGGCUGAUCCCCCAGUUUCUGAUAGUGGGGUCUGGGGAGGCCUUUAUAUACACAGGGCAGCUCGACUUUUUCUUAAGGGAGUGCCCUAAAGGGAUGAAAACAAUGAGCACGGGUUUGUUUUUGAGUACCCUUUCAUUGGGGUUUUUCUUAAGUUCUUUGUUGGUGACCAUAGUUCACAAGGUGACUGGAACCAAGCAUCCAUGGCUCCCAGACAAUCUGAAUAAAGGGAGGCUCUAUGAUUUUUACUGGCUUCUGGCAAUUAUGAGCUGUUUGAACUUGGUAAUUUACUUUGUUUUUGCUAAGCGGUACGUGUACAAGGACAAGAGACUUGCUGAUCAUGGGAUUGAAUUAGAAGAAGCAGAGCCUACCUUCCAUUAACGUGAAAACAAGAGACUUGGAGUGGAACAAAAUCACUUUCAUUAAGAUUUUGUGUUUGUAACUUUGUAAUAUAAGUCCUUCGUUGGACGUUCAAAUAAGUUUGGAACGCCCUUUGCAUGUACAAAAUGGAUGUGAUGGGAAAGAAGAAAGUCAACCAAAAGGAAGAAAAAAAGUAUGUAUAUAUAUAUAUUUGCUUUUGUUUGAAAACGAUAAGUUGU